GAAGACCUGGCGGAGCCCAGCGCAGAUGGAGGCCUAAGGGCGGCGGGGGCGGAGCGCGCCGCGAGCUGGGGGCGUGUCCGUGGCGGGCGCUGUCUAGAGGAAGGCCGAGCAGCCGCCACCACGCUUUCAGUCGCGGCGAUACGCAAACGAGCCAGGCUGAGGGCCGCGGCGGCGAUGCAGCGACGACGGCGCCCUUCGCCGCAUGCCUCUCAGCUGCGCGAGAGCUGCGGGGGCGGCGGUGGCGGCGGCCGCGGUGGCUGCGGUGGCUGCGGCGGGAGCGGGGAGGUGGAAGUGCAGUUCUCCGCGGGGCGUUUGGGCUCGGUCGCGGUCGAUUCGGCGGCGGCGGCGGCGGCCGCGCGCAGCACGGAGGAGGAGGAGGAGAGGCUGGAGCGCGAGCACUUCUGGAAGAUCAUUAAUGCCUUCCGCUACUACGGCACCAGUAUGCAUGAGCGAGUGAACCGAACAGAAAGACAAUUUCGAUCACUUCCAGCUAAUCAACAGAAACUACUUCCUCAUUUUCUUCUUCACUUGGACAAGAUCCGGAAAUGCAUUGAUCAUAAUCAAGAAAUACUACUGACCAUUGUGAAUGAUUGCAUACAUAUGUUUGAAAAUAAAGAAUAUGGAGAAGAUGGCAAUGGAAAGAUUAUGCCAGCAUCUACAUUUGACAUGGAUAAGUUAAAAUCCACAUUGAAACAGUUUGUGAGAGACUGGUGUGAAACUGGGAAAGCAGAAAGGGAUGCCUGCUACCAGCCAAUCAUUAAAGAAAUUUUAAAAAAUUUUCCAAAAGAGAGAUGGGAUCCUUCUAAAGUAAAUAUUCUGGUACCUGGUGCUGGACUAGGAAGACUGGCCUGGGAAAUAGCUAUGCUAGGUUAUGCUUGUCAAGGAAAUGAAUGGAGUUUUUUUAUGCUCUUUUCUUCCAACUUUGUACUCAACAGAUGUUCUGAAAUUAAUAAAUAUAAGCUGUAUCCCUGGAUCCAUCAGUUUAGCAAUAACCGGAGGUCAGCUGAUCAAAUUCGACCCAUCUUUUUCCCUGAUGUUGACCCCCACAGUCUUCCUCCUGGUUCUAACUUUUCUAUGACAGCAGGAGAUUUUCAGGAGAUAUACUCAGAAUGCAAUGCCUGGGACUGUAUUGCUACCUGUUUCUUCAUAGACACAGCUCACAAUGUAAUUGAUUAUAUUGACACAAUAUGGAAAAUACUCAAGCCAGGUGGAAUUUGGAUAAAUCUAGGUCCUCUGCUGUACCACUUUGAAAAUUUGGCAAAUGAACUUUCCAUAGAAUUAAGCUAUGAGGAUCUAAAAAACGUUGUUCUGCAGUAUGGAUUCCAGCUAGAGGUGGAAAAAGAAUCUGUCUUGUCGACAUAUACUGUGAAUGAUCUCUCCAUGAUGAAAUACUACUAUGAAUGUGUCUUGUUUGUGGUGCGUAAACCACAAUAAGGGUCUCAAGUGAUAUCACCAGGAAAAUAGUUUAGUAAGAGCAAAUCUUGAAAUAAACAACUCAAAAAUAACUAUCACAAUGACAGGACACAACCUCAAAUCAGUGGUGCCUUUUUAUUCCUAACAAAAUUUAGAAAUAGCAUCUAUUUUCUUAAUAUGUCUGUCGCUUUUUCAGAAAUAAACUAUGCCAUGCCUAUUUGUACUACACAAGUAAAAAUGGAGGAAGUGUCUUCAAGUAUACUUUUUUCUUGAAGCCCAGAUUGUCUUUUAGUAGGAAAAUAUCUCCAGUGUUUUCAUGAAGCUGUCCGUUCCAAGUCUGCCAUCCUAAUAGUAUUGAAGUCCAUAGUAAUCUCCUUUUUUGUUUUGUAUGCAUUGCACAUAUUUUUAUUAAUAUUAGGUUGGUGCAAACGUAAUUGUGGUUUAAAAGGUAAAAAAUAAUGGCAAAAACUGAUUCCUUUUGCACCAACCUAAUAGAAGGGUCUAAGGAUCUUCUGUCAUUCAACAUUUGGACUUGAGACUUUCGUUCACUUUGGACCUAAGCAAUCUAUACAUUAAAUAUGUAUCUAUUCUUUCAUUAUUCAAAUUAGUUUUUUCUAGCUCAGCUGAAUUUAGAGAACCACCAAAACUUUCAUUUUUAUGAAGUGCUAAAUUUAAUAGGGUCACAGGCCAGCCAGUAAAAAUGCAUUCAAGUAACCAGGAAAUUAGUCUUUUGACCACACUAAACUCAACACUUUUGACAACGUACUCAUCAUGGAUCACUCUGAAAUGGGUGAAGAUCUCAACAUUUUAAGGGAGGCACAAAAGCCUCUGUUAAAGGUAUUGUAGGAAACUGGGGAAAUAAGAAUAAAAUCUGCCCAUUAUAAAUGGCAAACUAUAUGCCCAUUAUAAAUGGCAAAUUCAAACUAUAAAUGAGUAGAGUCAGUGAGAUGUUUGCAAUAAUGUCUUCUCUUUAGAUUACUUGGAUUAUCGCUUCUCAGCCUUUUGGUUAAAAUCAAGUGUAGAUUACCUGGAUUAUAAAAGCAAGAACUUUUUUUUGUUAAAACAAUUGUAUACUAGUGAAAACUGUCAUGAAGGUAUUAAUUUGGGGAAAUUUUAAAUAUGAAAUUCAGGGAUAAACUACUGCCUGUGGUCUGUGUCUUCAAUAUUGUAAGCAGCACCCAUUAAUAUAAUUUCAGAUCUAACACCAAUUUUGUUUACCUGGGGCUAAAACAGUAUAAGCUGCUUUAAAUUUCUACCUCUAGCAGAUCUUUAUUGGAGGGAGUUUUCCUUUGUAUUUUUUUAUGUUUAUUAUUCUGUUUCUAGUAGCUGGGAAAAUUGAGGUGAUAAAUUUAAUGUUUUAAUCUUUUCUUGGAGAAAAGGAAGUACUCUUAAAUAUUUUUACAGAUGAUUGCGAUGGAAUUAAAUGACCUCUGUGGCAAUUUGGAUUAGAUAGACUAAUCUCAAUAAUGUGCUGGUAGCAUAAAUAUCAUGGUUUAAUAAGAAAACAUAACUUGUAAAUCUUUAAAACGUUAUGGUCAGUAAGGUUGUGGAAUCACUACACGAUUUGACAUCAUACUAGUAGGAGCCUUCCUGCAUACAGUAAGGGAACUCGUGUGGUCUUUAUGCCCAUUAUGCAGUAAAGGAUUCCAUGAAGUUCAUUUGAUUUGUCAAUUUAAGGAAGAAACCCUGUAACCUGUUGUUUUUUUUGACUGUUUCUCUUUUUUGUGUCCCUUAACAUUUGGCAGAUGAUCAUUUAGUGGGAAUUCAUAUUAUCUACCACAUGAAUGAACUUGAAAUAAAUUGCCAGCAGUGGGGGUAGGGGGCCCAAAUUAUUAUUAUUACUACUGUUUUUAAGAAAGAAGAGACUUAAACGGAACCUAGGUAUUUUUUAAAAAUCCAUUGAAAGAAGAAGAAUGAAUAUUGUUUCUGAGCAAUUUAGAAAGGCUUUUUAUUCACUGACUAGUAUUCACUUCUUUAUAGCUUGUAUCAAAACACAUGAUCUUGUUUUUUCUCAGGCAGAAACAAAUUGACACUGAAUGGGUUGGCUUUAUUACUAAAAAUAUCUGGUUUUAUUCUUUAAUGAAACUUAUAUUUCUAAAUUAUAGCUUAACUUUUAGUUAAUUUUGAAGUCAGUUAUUUUAUUUGUUUUUAUUUCUCCCUAUUAUGAAUACUUUUUUAAAUGUUCUACUUAAAUUUGUGUUGCUUUUUUUCUCUUAUAGCUUUUGCAGUUAAUAUAUUCUAAACUUGAAAAUUAUGGUAUUAAUCAAUAAUAGAAGUGUCACUGGAGGAUUUAAUUUUGUAUUUCUUAUGUGUAGUCCUACUUAAGUGUGUAAGCCUUAAAGUUUUUUACUUUUUUCUUAAAUUAGCUCUAUACACAAAUGUUUUCAAUCAUUUUAAUAAAGUGGAAGGAGAUAGAUCAUUGUGCUUGCUGGGUUUUGGGGGGUUUUUUUUCCUCCAUAAUCUGAAGUGGUGCAGGUCAGGGUAUGUUAAUCAAGUUAGCAAAGGUGGAAUAUGUAAAAAAUAAAGAGAAGCUGUAUAAAUCACAGUCUAAAAUUAUGAAAUUUGGGAACUGUAAAAUGUACUGUAUUUAUAUGUAACUGUCAUUCUGAAAGUUGCCACAAAGGUUGAACUGGAAGCUUCAUGUCUGCAUGAAAUUUCCUGUAUUUUUAAUGUGUAUGAUGAACUUGAUUUUUCUUAAAUAUUAAAGUCUGCCAAUUGCUAUGAAACACUACUUGCUUGG